UGUAUCGUCUGUGGGUGGACGGAGUGGGCUCGCAGUCACGAGCGUGUCCAGCAGGUAUGUCACAGCCGACGAGCCUUCAAUUCGUAACCCCGGUGUUUGUUUUGGAUCAAACGGAGGACCGCUAACGGCUAACUGCGCGUCGCUCGGCUAGCCAAGUGAGACAUGGCCGAAACGGUGCGCGUCAGCGGCGGGUUGUCCUCGCCGUCCACAAUGAACGUCACCUUCCUCUUCCAGGAAGAUGCUGCCGCCGCUGCUUCUGCCGCCGCCGCCGCCGCUUCUUCUUCCGCCCCUCCGGCAUCCCUGAGCGGCGAUGACUACCUGUUCGUGGAGGCCAGACACCCCAACACCGUCCUGCAGGGCCUGAACAGCCUGCGGCUCAACAACGCCUUCUGUGACGUGACCCUGUGCUGUGGAGGACAGGAGUUCCCGUGCCAUCGCAUCGUGCUGGCCUCCUUCAGCUCCUACUUCCAGGCCAUGUUUUCCACCGACCUGAUCGAGUCCAAGCAGGAGCGCGUGGCCAUCAAUGGGGUCGAGCCUCAGAUGAUCGGCAUGCUGGUGAGCUACGCUUACACGUCCCAGGUCUACAUUUCCAAAGCAAAUGUGCAGGCGCUGCUGGCAGCGGCUAAUCUGCUGGACGUGAUGGACGUGCGAGAGGCCUGUUGUCAGUUUAUGAAGCGUCAGAUGGACGAGAUGAACUGCGUGGGGAUCCACUGCUUUGCCGAGGCCCAUUCUUGUAAAGCUCUGGAGAAACACAGCAUGGACUACAUCCACGAGCACUUCGGCGGUGUUUCUCAGCAGGAGGAGUUCCUGUCUCUGUGUGUGGACAAGCUGACCGAAAUCAUUGCCAGUGAUUUUCUAAAUGUGCCCAAAGAGGAGUUGGUGUUUGAGGCCGCCAUGUCGUGGCUGAAUAAAUGCAGCUCUCGCAAGCAGAGCUUCGAUAAGGUCCUUGAACACAUCCGGCUGCCUCUCAUCAGCCCCUACUACCUCCACGACGUGAUCGAGUCUCUGGACGUGGUGCAGGAGAACCGGGGGUGCCAGAAGCUCAUCUCUGAGGCGAAGGACUACAUGCUGCUGAAGGACCGCCGAGGAGAGCUGUACUGCCCGAGAGCGAGGCCCCGCAGGUCCACAGGGACAGCUGAAGUGAUCGUGACGGUCGGCGGGGAGGACGACAAGGUGGUGCUGCGCAGCGUCGAGAGCUUCGAUCCCGUGACUCAUCAGUGGAAGAACCUGGCCUGCCUCCCCUUCGCCGUGAGCAAACACGGGCUGGUGGUGUCCGACUCCACCCUGUAUUUGGCCGGGGGAGAGUUCCCCGACGGCUCGGCCAGCCGGGAGAUGUGGCGCUACGACCCUUGCUUCGACUCCUGGAUGGAGAUGGCCCCCAUGAAUGUCGCUCGCUCAGAGUUGGGCCUGGUGAUGCUGGACGGCUUCGUGUACGCGGUGGGGGGCUGGGAGGGACGCUCGCGCCUGGACUCGGUGGAGUGCUACGACCCUCACACCAACUCCUGGCAGUUCAAAGAGUCCGUCAAGAUGGCCGUCACGAGUCCUGCCGUGGUGGCCCUGGACGGACUGCUCUACGUCACUGGUGGAGCCGUCCUGGAGGACGGCGACGGCACAGACCUCGCUCAGGUGUACAACCCUCAGACCUCUGCUUGGGCCGAGGUCGCACCCAUGCAGAUCGCCCGCUCCGGUUCGGCCGCUUGCACGCUCAAGGGGAAGAUCUAUGUGAUAGGUGGAUGGCACGCGUCGACUGAGAACACCGACAAGGUGGAGUGUUACAGUCCCAAGACCAAUCAGUGGACCAUGUGCGCCCCCAUGAAAGAGCGGCGCUACCGGCCCGGUGCCGCCGUGGUAGACGGAAAGAUCUACGUGUUGGGAGGAGAGGAAGGCUGGGACAGAUAUCACGACACGAUCGAGUGUUUCUGCGACGAAACGGACACGUGGGAGAUGGUCGGGGAGAUGCCCACCAGUCGCAGCUGGCUCAGCUGCGUGUCCCUGCAGCUGAGGAAGGACGUCCAUACGAGUAGCUUCCCCAGGACGCCAAGCGACAUCUGAGCGUUGGAGGGGGAUUUUGAGGGGGGGUUCCAGGUGCGCUACGAAGCUCAGAGCCGAGAUGAUGCUGGGAUUUGGCACGGCGCCGUUUGGGCGGUUACCGGCGGCCAGCGGUAUUCCAGUUUAGCAUAACUAGAAAGGUCAAAAGGAAACUUUGCAUCGUUCUCAAGUAGCCGGCUGACGACUCGGUGAGCAGUCUCCGCUCCCGGCGAUGUGUGUUUAUGGUGCUUUCUCAAUGUCCGAGCUCCUCAAAGCUUUGAGGGUUUUCUCAGCCAACAAAGUGUAUUUUUGUAUUAUUCCGUGGCGUAUUUAUUUGGGUGUCGCUACCUGUGAAAUGUUUUGCGCUGUCAAAAGAUGCUCUGUGAGCUAGAAAAAAUGAAUAUUUUCAUAGGUCACCUGUGAAAAGAGUUGUCUCAAUGUGUUUUUGUAAUUAAACUUUAUGUUCCGAAUGAUUUGUGUUAGCACCUCUAAUAUGUUGAGUAUAUUUUUGUAAUGUCAUACAUUUGAGUGACUUUAAAUGGAGUGGAUUCUAAUAAAGAUUUGUAAUUCAA